GCGACUCUCCACGGCGCUGAAGAGCUAAGCCGCCUUCUCUUCCCCUCACGUCCACCCAAGAGGCCAUCCAUCUCUCUCUCUCUCUCUCUUGACCCUAUCUCCUCUUCGCCGCUUUAUCCUGCCCAUUUAAAUACCCAUACUGUGCUUCUUGGGGAGAGAGAAGGGGAGAGAGAGAGAGAGAGAGAAUGGCAUUGCAGCAACGACCGGGGAUGCUCGGCAUUGGCUGCAGCAACGUCUUGGCACGAGCAAGGGUGCAGCAAUGUCUAGCAGCGGCGUCCCACUCCAAUAUGCCAUGUCUACCCGUCCUCCUGCAUGUCAAUGGCAGCAAGAAGCAGGGUAGCAGCUUCCUUUCUUCUCAGAGGAUCGGCUUAAGUAGGAGGAGGAGGAGGAGGGACCUGAGCGGCGUCGUUGUCGCGGAAGUGAGCGCCGCCGCCGGUGUCACGCCGGCGUCGUCGUCGUCGUCGCCUGGCGGCAUCAGCGUCAGCGAUGUUCUUUGGCCCUCCGCCGGUGCAUUCCUAGCAAUGGCCGUGCUGGGAAGGAUGGAUCAGAUGAUGGCGUACAAGGGAGUAUCAUUGACAAUUGCCCCUCUCGGAGCAGUCUGCGAUGUGCUUUUCACCGCUCCAGGCUCACCUGCUGCCAAGAAAUACAACAUGUUUGUUGCCCAGAUUGGUUGUGCGGCAUUUGGUGUGUUAGCCCUUUCCUUAUUUGGGCCUGGAUGGUUGGCAAGAGGUGCUGCUCUUUCUGCAUCCAUAGCAUUCAUGACAAUUACAGGCGCCUCACACCCUCCAGCUGCAAGCUUGCCUCUCUUGUUUAUUGAUGGUCCAAAGUUUCACCACUUGCAACUCUGGUAUGCCCUUUUUCCUGGAGCUGCAGGCUGCAUAAUUCUUUGCUUGAUUCAAGAGGUGGUGAUUUACCUGAAGAAGAAUUUCAAGUUUUGAUUCAAGCGGUGCAUUACUUCUCGUAGCAAUGACAUGACUAAAAUUCAAGAUUGUACCACAAUUUGCUAGAACUGCAUUGGGGAGAAAUGGAGGAAAUGCAGAUUUAGUUUCCUUGGUCUUAUUUACUAAACAGGAAGAGGAGAAAAAGCAGAUUGAUCGAUACCUGAUUGUGAAUUUGUGAUCACAGUGCAGAACAUGCAAAUAUGAAGUACAUACCAAUAUCUCAUUUAAUGAAAUCUGAUAAGUGUACAAAUAAAAUUCCUUCUUUUGUGAUUCAUAAUUGCUUUCUUCAUGUAAUAUACAAUUUUGCACAAAAAGAAAAAAGGGAGGAAGGAAGUUCA